AUGCCCACCAGACUGAGCAAGACCCGCAAGCACCGCGGACACGUUUCCGCCGGCCACGGCCGUGUUGGAAAGCACAGGAAGCACCCCGGUGGUCGCGGUAUGGCUGGUGGUCAGCACCACCACAGGACCAACCUCGACAAGUACCACCCGGGAUACUUCGGAAAGGUCGGAAUGCGGUAUUUCCACAAGACGAACCAGCAGUUCUGGAAGCCCGUCAUCAACCUGGAUAAGCUGUGGACGCUGGUGCCCGCCGAGAAGCGCGACGAGUAUCUCCAGAAGAAGACGGAUAAGGCGCCCGUGCUGGAUCUGCUGUCUCUUGGGUACGCCAAGGUGCUCGGCAAGGGCAGACUUCCCAAUGUGCCCAUUGUUGUGCGGGCUCGCUAUGUCUCUGCUGAGGCUGAGAAGAAGAUCAAGGAGGCCGGCGGCGUCGUCCAGCUCGUCGCGUAA